AUGUUUUUUUUCCCCGGAAAGAGUAUGGCGCAACAAAUGCCGCGAUUAAUUGCAGGCCGGUCGCAAAUAAAUAAAACCCGAUUCCCACACAACUGGAACAGUUCCCAACAUGUCGCUAUAUCGCCCGGAAUUCUCCCCAGCGGAGCAAUCGAACAUCGACGCGGAAUUCUCUAGAUUGGCCAACAACAAAAGUGUUUACCUGGAUCAUGCGGGCACUACUCUAUAUGCCGAAAACCAGGUGAAAGCCGCCGCGGAGCAACUGCAGCGGAACGUCAUCUGCAAUCCACACACCUGUCGUCUCACCGGCGAUUUCGUCGACCAAGUGCGCUUCAAGGUACUGGAAUUUUUCAACACAACCGCCGAGGAUUACCAUGUGAUUUUCACAGCGAAUGCCACAGCGGCCUUGUCCCUGGUGGCGGAUAAUUUUGACUUUGGAUCGUCGGGAAACUUCCACUUCUGCCAGGAGAAUCACACUUCUGCGAUGGGAAUGCGAGAACGGGUCCAUGCAAAUGGUAUCUACAUGCUCAAGGAAGAAGAAAUAUCUGCCGGAUUGUGCAAAGAAAAUGGAAUAGUUCAGAAUGGAUACGAUAAAGCCGGAAAUUCACUGGUGAUUUUUUCCGCCCAAUGCAACUUUAGCGGCUACAAAAUUCCUUUGGAUGCCAUCGAAAAAAUCCAACUCCAUGGAUUGUCCAAGCCAGGAAAACAAAUUUGGGGUUCUACAAAAGAAAAGGCAGAGAAUGUGGAUAACAAUUACUAUAUUUGCCUUGAUGCGGCAUCAUUUGUGGGCACCAGUCCUUUGGAUCUGCAAAAAUACCAUCCAGAUUAUGUGUGUCUUAGCUUCUACAAGAUAUUCGGUUAUCCCACGGGCGUUGGUGCCUUGUUAGUCAGUCGACGAGGAGCGGAGGCUUUUGGAAAGCGCCGCUUUUUUGGAGGUGGUACUAUCAACUAUGCAUAUCCCCAUGCCAUGGACUACCAGCAGCGGGAGUCUUUUCACCAGCGCUACGAAGACGGCACCCUGCCAUUUCUUUCCAUUGUCGGAUUGCUCGAAGGAUUUCGCACGCUGGAUAGAUUGGUGCCCAAAACAGAAGAGUUCAGCACCAUGGAAAGGAUUUCGAGACACGUUUUUGGCCUGGCGAAGUACCUGGAGGACCAGUUGAAGCAAUUGAAGCACCCGAACGGAGAGCCACUCAUCCAGCUGUACAACAAAGCGGGCUACCAGGAUAAAUCCCGCCAGGGAGGCAUUGUGGCCUUUAAUGUGCGCACAGAGUCCGGUUCCUUUGUGGGAUUCGGGGAAAUCGCCUGCGUGGCUGCUCUGCACGGAAUCCUUCUACGAACUGGUUGCUUCUGCAACAUUGGAGCUUGUCAAUAUUACCUGGAUCUGGAUGAAGACGCCAUGGAUGCGAUUUACAAACGGGCGGGUCGCAUUUGCGGUGACUACUUUGACUUGAUCGAUGGUCAGCCGACGGGAGCGGUACGUGUUUCCUUCGGCUACAUGACCACCAUUCAGGAUGUGGAAGAGCUGUUGAAGAUGCUGCGCCUUAGUUAUUUAGCUACCAAACCACAGCAGCGGAUUCAAUUCAUCGAAGAACAGGCGGAGCAAUUGCCGCCUGUGCUCAAGGAACGAGUCCAGCUGUUAAGGCCGAAACUCCUUCAAAUGGCCAUUUAUCCGGUGAAGUCCUGUGCUGCAUUUAAGGUCGAAGGGCAGGAUUCUUGGCCGUUGACGGAACAGGGUCUUAAAUAUGACCGCGAAUGGAUGAUUGUGGACAUGAAUGGCAUGGCAUUGACCCAGAAACGCUGCACGGAAUUGUGCCUUGUGAAGCCAGUGAUCAAAGAAAACCAGUUGGAGCUGCAAUUUGGAGACAGUUCCUCAGUUUCAGUGCCCCUUUCUCUGGAGGAUCAGGCGGCGGAUUCGGCCAAGUGUGUCAGCAAGGUCUGUCGACAGCCUGUGGAAGGUUUAGAUUGCGGCGAGGAGGUGGCCCAGUGGUUAAGUCAGAACCUUGGUUUGGAGGGCCUUCGAUUGCUCCGGCAAUCGGGCCAGAGAAACUCCUCCAAGGCUAAGCAGAAGCUGAGUCUGGUGAAUCAAGCCCAGUUCUUGCUGGUCAACCGAUCUUCAGUGCGAUCUCUACAAUUCGAGGAGCCCCUCGACGAGACUGUGGAUCGUUUCCGAGCCAAUAUUAUCAUAGAUACAGGCUGCGCCUUCGAGGAGCUCGCCUACAAGUCCCUCACCAUCGGAGGCAUCCAGUUUCAGGUGGAGGGUCCCUGCCAGCGCUGUGAUAUGAUCUGCAUUAACCAAAGGACCGGUGAAAGAUCGCCGGAAACGUUGACUACGAUUUCCCGCCUGCAAAGUGGUCGCAUGCGGUUUGGCAUUUAUAUUACGAGAAUCGCCAAGGACUCAAUCGACUCUGAGGCCAUGGAACAUCACAUGACCUGUGGCGAUAUUGUCCUGGUGGAGUAAGAUCUUUUCACAACACAUAGUUUUCAGUUUUUAUACCAAAAACUCAGCUAGUUGUUUACUUAGAAGGAUAUUUAUAUAUAUCCAACAAUUAUGUUUUUAACAUGUGUAUAAGAUUACUUUUUGACUAUUCUUUCAUUACCAUCACCAAUUGCUUAUAUUAUAUAUUAAUAUUGGUUACGAUUUUAUGUAACUUUAAUGUAUAAAAAAACGCAAACAUUCACAUUCAUAUAUAUUAACCAAAUACCUCUUGCCAGUGUCUUAAGCCUAGGAAAGGCAUUUUUUGAUAAAUAAAUACAAUCAAUACAUUUGUAUUAUCUACA